AUGGCUAGAAUAAACUUUGAGGAUGUUGCAAAACAUGGUGAAUCCAUCAGCAACCUAUCAUGGAGGAGCCAUACCAGAAUUGAAGAUGAUUUAUUAUCUGUGUCCGAAGAGGAGUUAAUAAUGUCACUGAUAAAAAGAUCACUGACAAGUAAGAAAAGCAUCGAAUUCAGGGACAGUGGAAAUUGUGAACCAAAGCGCCAAACCGCAUUUUGUGCUUCCAUAUCACGAACAUAUUUUACAGUUUCGCAAACUCCAAAAUUGCUAAAGAAUAUUCAACAGCUAGCAUUAGUCUUCACUGUGCUUUUAAGUGAAAAAUUUGUUUCCUACAACACCACGAGUGCUUCAGGAAGGAGAAAAUUGAAAAAAGCAAGAAAUACUCUCUCGAUGAAGCAUUUCUACAAAAGCAAUUUUAUUUCUGUUGCGGCAAAUGGAGCUAAAUAUUUUGUCAUACGUUUUCUAAAACGACUACAAACGUCCAAACUUGUCUUCUCUCCUGCCUUAACGAUGGAAUUUGGUGAAGAACAUAGUUAUAAAACUAUUGCAUUUAUGAUAUCCUUAGCCCUUUGGAAGGUCUCAUUUCCCUCGCACAACAGUCCAAGCCAUAAAUCACAUCAUCCAGGUGGAGGUGGCCACGAUGGGCGAGGCGAUUUGAUGGACAUGAAUAAUUCAUUUUUGCAAAAUUCUAGUCUAAAAUUUGAAGAAUAA